CACAACUGCCGCGGUCGGUUGUGGGUUUAGCUGUAACUGUUAAAACGUACGUUAGCUAGGCUGAACUAAAACCGGUGUAAUUUUACUCGAGCUCUGGCACUAAGCUCGUUAGAGUUUUAUAUAAAAUGGCAGGAUAUUUUUUUUGUAAUAUGUGCUAGAGUCGGCUAAGAGAGAAAGUAUUAUCUAUGAAGGUUAGCUAGCGGUGACGUUAGCUUGUAACCUAGCAUUUGUGACUGGCUUUUUUUUUUUUACACCCGGUCUUUGUAAUUUUAUAGCCAGUUACCCUCAGUGUCGGCGUUGUUAAUUAGAUUAGAUUAUUCUCUAGUGUUGCCAAAUGGGUAGUAGUAUCACAUCAGUAUUCAACAUAGUUUGCUAGCCAGGGAACACUAUUGUGCUAACUUAGGUGAUAGGCCAUCGACUGACAGGAAACAAGCUAACGGAAUCGAUAACGUCAACCGGUCGUUUCCCCCAGUCUGGUGUGAACAAAUAAGGAAACUCGUCGAGAUUGAUUUAGUGUCAUCAUAUGUUGACUGAAAACAGGAAACGACAGCGCAGCGGUGGUGAUGAGGAGAGUGGCCACCUGGUGCCUCAAGCCAAAAGGCAGAGCAGAGCUCAUCCGCUCUCUCCUGAGCCAGGCCGGGAUGCCUGGGACUCUGAGUCGUCCAACAGCGAGAGCAGCAGCAGCAUCAGCAGUCCAGAGCAUGCAGCCGGGAGCUGUGGCAGCCAGUGCGUCGUGGGCCCCUGCAGCCCCCUCAGCUCCAGUGACUCCUCAGAAUUGGCCGGCUCUACGAGCCUGGCAUCCUACCUGCAGAUCAACCGCAUCCUGAAGCAGGCCCACUUCCAGAGCCUGCAGAGCCGAUGUCAGCUCAGAGACACAUGACGACCUAAUGUCUCCCUCUGUCAGCCACCAGAGGACUGAGUCCCUGAGGCGUGCCAGAGCACCACACGCUGAUUCACUUCACUCAGCUCUUCCCACUCAUCUCCAGUUAUUGUGAUAUCUUGCAGCUCUACAUAUCUGUGGAUGGAGACCAGCUCCUGGUCAGGUAUCUGGAGGGGGUCCAUCAUUCAAAUAAAUCAAAAGUGAUAAUCAUGUUAGCAAUAAUAACCGUGUGAUCAACGUAAACAUUUUUUGUGAUCCACUUGAUUUCUGACCAGUCUGGUUUACAUGCUGCUCUCGGAGCCUUAUUGUGACUGAGUGAUGAUGACGACGAAUCCCCGUGUUUUGUCCUUAAUGUAUGAAAACAGUGCUACUGCAGCUGCAGGAAUGGCACCAAACACAAUUUUUAGGCCGGUCAGUGUGACUCGUUUAGUCUGCUAGUAGGGUACUUGGGUUGAUUAAUGCUGAAUCUGAUGUCUGUGUGAGUACAUGGACCAGUCUCAGGGAAGAUUUGCACUUGUCUUGGACUGCUCAUUUGCUUUCAUAUUCAGACAGGGACUCCUUCACAGGGACCUGUAGAAGCCAUGGGUGGCAACGUAGCCGACGAGGUUAUGUUUUCUGUCCUUGUUUUGUUAGUUUAUAGAGUACUUAGAUUUUAGUUAAACUCUGUGAAGAGUCAGGAAUAAGUGAUCUGGUUUGAGCGUGGUUUACAAUUUUAAAAUUAUUUCAUAACACUGCAAGAUGUGGAAUUUUUAGGACUUUUCCACAUUUUCCAUCAACUACUGCA